UGUAGAAAACGUAGCUUGGGUCAAAAACUUUUUUGUUCUUUCUUCCAUGUUCCUCCUCUGUCCCCAAACGAAAGAAACAGAGACUGUAAUUCUUUUUUUCCCCCUCUUUCCUUUGGGAUCGAUAUUAUGUAGCUGUUUAAUUCUUGAUCAUUGCGAAAUAAAUGACAGCAGCAAGGCAGAAAUAACCCCAUUAUUAACAUUUUCCCUUUCUGUAGGAAUUUCUGGGCUUUCUCCAAAGGGGGUAUUUUUCAUUUUUGGUCAUUUUGAGAACAUGUUUGAAUAUUGAAAUUUAAAAUCACCUUCUUUGAGCAAUAUUCUAUUUUUCAGAGAGAAUACUUUACUUGGAUCUGUUUUUAUGCUAUUAGCUAUUCUGUUGAUUCUUCUCCAAACAGGACUUUUAGGGGAGAAAAGUAGUCACCAAUUUGUGACCCUUUUGUCUCUCCCUAAAGGUUUUAUUUUUAUUUUUUUUGUGUGUGAAUUUGUAUAAUGGGUGGUCGUUGUUCCAAUUUAUGUUUCUGUUUAUGGCCUUCAAAUAUCAAAUCCCACGCUUUAUAUUCCUCAGAUAUUGAAAAAUGGGCAGAGAAUGAACAGUUGAAUUUGCCAGCUUUUAAAGAAUACGGCUUGGAGGAGUUGAAAGCUGCCACCUCAAAUUUCUCCAUUGAUAAUAUUGUCUCUGAACAUGGAAAGAAAGCCCCUAAUGUUGUGUUUAAAGGUCGGCUUGAUGGCAAUGGCCGUUGGAUAGCUAUAAAGCGCUUCCAGUCGUCAGCAUGGCCUGAUUCUCGCCAAUUUCUUGAUGAAGCGAAAACAGUGGGACAGCUAAGAAGUAAGCGGUUGGCUAAUUUGCUAGGGUGUUGCUGUGAAGGGGAUGAGAGGCUGCUAGUGGCUGAAUUUAUGCAUCAUGAAACAUUAUCCAAGCAUUUGUUCCACUGGGAUAACCGACCAUUGGAAUGGGCGAUGAGGUUGAGAGUUGCUUUGUAUCUAACACAAGCAUUAGAUUAUUGCAGUAAUAAAGGGCGAGAUCUAUAUCAUGACCUAAAUUCUUACAGAGUUUUGUUCGAUCUAGAUUGCGAACCAAGGCUAUCGUGUUUUGGCUUAAUGAAGAACAGUAGGGAUGGGAAGAGUUAUAGUACAAACUUGGCCUUCACCCCUCCAGAAUAUUUAAAGACAGGUAAGGUGACCCCCGAGAGUGUGGUGUACAGUUUUGGUGCCCUGUUGCUUGAUCUUCUUAGCGGGAAACAUAUUCCUCCAAGCCACGCACUUGAUCUCAUACGUGGAAAGAAUUUUCUGAUGCUUAUUGACUCAUGCUUGGAAGGUCAUUUCUCAAAUGACGAUGGGACGGAGUUAGUUCAACUUGCUUCACGUUGUUUGCAGUAUGAACCUCAUGACAGACCAAAUGUGAAAUCUCUUCUGACCUCCAUAACACCUCUUCAGAAGGAAAAAGAUGUUCCAUCGAACGUGCUGAUGAGUAUUGCUCAUGAAACCACCUCACCUGCCCAAGCAUCUUUAACACCUCUUGGUGAGGCUUGUUCAACAUGCAAUUUAACUGCCAUACAUGAGAUAUUAGAAAAGGCUGGAUACAAGGAAGAUGAGGGGAUUGCUAAUGAGCUUUCGUUUCAGAUGUGGGCUAAUCAAAUACAAGAGACCCUGAAUACUAGGAAAUCCGGCGAUUCUGCAUUUCGAGAUAAAGAUUUUACAACUGCAAUCAAAUGUUACACACAGUUUCUUGAGGGUGGAAAUGUUAAGUCCCCAACAGUGCUUGCAAGGCGCUCCUUAUGUUACCUAAUGAGUAAUAAGCCACAAGAAGCUCUUGCAGACGCAAUGCAAGCACAAGCACAAUUUUCCAAUUGGCCCACUGCUUUCUAUCUUCAGGCAGCUGCACUUUUCACUCUGGGAAUGGACUCAGAUGCCCGGGAAACACUCAAAGAUGGUUCGUCCUUGGACUUCAGAAGAAUGAGGCAAUAAAAAUGUAUAGGCUAUCGAAUAUAGUUCUACGUAAAAAGACAUUGUAUAUAUCACCUUUCAAACAGGAUUCACCAACAUCAACUAAUUGUGGCACAGAAGGUUUCUUCAUAACAUCCGUUAGAGGGCAGGUGAUUAAUUUUUAUCCUCCUCCUGCCUUCUGGGAGAACUGGUACCAAAUUGGCAUUUCUGGAGAUGUAGAUGGAAAACUCGGACCAAAUUGUUAGCCAAAGUCACAAAUACAAGUUUAUAGUAUUUAUUUUCGAACUCUUUAUUUUCUUUAUCGAUAAACUGCAAUAUAGCAUGAGGUGUAAUUCGAAGAUCAAGUAUUAUUUUUUGUUAGGAAAUUAAGAUUUAUCUAAGAAACUCCUACUUAGUAGAUAUUUUUAUGUAGUAACCAAGUCUUUUAUUUAAAAUUAAGUGGUGGUUAGUUGACCACAAAUAGUGAUGGUCAGUUGGCCACAAAGAGUGGUGGUUAGUUGGCCACAUAUGUAUUGUGUGAGCUUUUUUCUGCUUGUUUUGUGGUUUGUAGCCUUAUACACACACACUAAAUAUGUGUGUGUAGUAUAUGUAAUUAACAAUCUAGAAAUAAGAAGAAUACUUAAAAUA